AUGCAAACGCAAAGCGAGAGCCGCGGGGACGGGGAAAGAAACAGCAGCGAGUGCGAACUCAAGUCCCCGCGUGGAGUGGUUGACGCCGCCGUAGGAACCGCUGCUGGUUCCGCGGAAGACUUCGUCGGAUCAUCUGAUAGGCUCGUCACCGACGACGGAGAAAUUGAGAAUACAGGCAGCACCAGCGCGCCUAGACCUGACAAUACGAGCGCGCCGUCCUCGUCUUUCCCGCGCGUCGUCGAAGUCGUGACCUUCGCGGAGCCCACGCCUCGAUGCGACGUGCCCGGCAUGCGUCUGCAGCUACAGACGGCCCCCGACCCGCUGGGGCCGCGGUCCAUGGCGCUGGACGGGCUGUCUCGGUACGAGCUGGUCGAGGCGGUUAAGAGACUCCAGGCUGACCACGAAAACUACAGACGCGAAGUGGCAUUCCAGAAGGACCUGCUGGCGUCGGUGGGGCAGGCCGUCAUCUGCACCGACCUGGCCGGCACCAUCACCUACUGGAACAAGGCGGCGGAGAUGAUGUACGGGUGGAACGAGGGCGAGGCGGUGGGGCGGCCAAUCAUGGAGAUCACGCCGGCGGACACGACGGUGCAGCAGGCGGAGGAGAUCUUCGGCGCGCUCAGCAAGGGGGAGGUGUGGACCGGCGAGUUCCUCGUCAGGCGCAGAGACGGCUCGCCCUUCCCCGCCAUGGUGACGGACACGCCGAUUCUGGACCCGGCGGGGCAGCUGGUGGGGGUGAUCGGCGUGUCGGCGGACAUCAGCGACCUGAAGCGCAAGGAGGGCGAGAUCCGCGCGCUCAACGCCGCGCUGGAGGAGCGCGUCGUGGAGCGCACGGAGCAGCUGCAGCGCAGCAACGAGGCGCUGCGGCGAGAGAUCGAGGAGCAUCUGCGCGCGAGGGAGCACCUGCAGCGAUGCAUCGAGGACUUGGAGCAAUCGCGCAGCCGCAUAUCGCAGCAGUCGGCGGUGCUGGAGCGCAUGGUGGCGGAGCUGCGCGAGGCGCGCAUGGAGGCGGAGUCCGCGAACCGCCUCAAGUCGCAGUUCCUGGCGUCCAUGAGCCACGAGAUCCGCACCCCCAUGAACGGCGUGCUCGGCAUGACGCGGCUGCUACUGUCGACGCCGCUGUCGGAGGAGCAGCACGGGUUCGUGGACACGAUUCGCAGCAGCGGCGACGCGCUGCUGGCGAUCAUCAACGACAUUCUGGAUCUGAGCAAGAUCGAGGCGGGCGAGCUGGAGAUGGAGCACCGCGACUUCGACGUCACCGCGUGCGUUGAGGACAGCGUCAACCUGCUCGCGGUGCGAGCCAUGGAGAAGCGCAUCGAGCUGGUGAGCGAGGUGGACGAGAGCGUGCCGCGCGUGGUGAGGAGCGACGCCACACGGCUGCGGCAGGUGCUGGUGAACAUCGUGUCCAACGCCACCAAGUUCACCCACCACGGGGACGUGCACGUCUCCGUCACCGCUCACUGCCUCGGGGACCGCCCCGACUUGCUCCAGCCCGCUGCUGCCUGCACGCCCGCGCAGGGAGGGGUCGCGGAUGCCCCAGCCGACGGGCAGCAGGAGCAGCAGCAGGCGGGCAGCAGCAGCGGCGGGUGGGGCGGCCGGGGCCUGAGAGACACAGGGCGGGGCCUGGGGGCGGGCGAGGUGGAGCAGGCGCUAUCUGCGGGGUACCGGUGGCACCGCGUGGUGGUGAGCGUGCGCGACACGGGCAUCGGGAUCUCCGCGGACCGCCACGACCGGCUGUUCAAGCCGUUCUCGCAGGUGGACGCGUCCACGACGCGGCAAUACGGCGGCACGGGGCUGGGACUGGCCAUCUCGCAGCAGCUGGUGGAGCUCAUGGGCGGCCGCAUCUGGGCCGAGAGCGCCGGGCUGGGCCAUGGCGCCACCUUCUCCUUCUACAUCACCGCGCUCGCGCUGCCCGUCCGCCCGCCCUGCAUCCCGCGUGGGGUGUCUGUGGGGGGACGUGUGGGGCGGGGUGUGGCGGCCAUGGUGGAUGCUGACCCCUCUGAGGCCAUGCCUGACCAGCACGCACGUGAACCGGACUCCACCCCUCCCAAGCUGCUCUUCGGCCGUGCCGCCACGGCCAGCAGGGCCACCAGCAUCAGCACCCACACGGACACGGACAUGAGCAGCAGCGGCACGGGUGGGGAGCAGUGGGGGCGCGACUCCUCAACCGCCCUCCGCCCCGCACGGCGCUUCGUCCGCAGUGCGUCCGUGCCCGCGCUCGGGCGGCCUCCCUGUGUGGCGGCGUGGCUCAUCGACUCGGGCAAGCGCCGCCGCGUGGAGGGCGCGCUGGGGGAGGCGGGCGUGCGCGCACUGGGGGGCGCGCGGGGGGAGGGGGAGGUGGGCGCGCUGGAGGUGGGGCUGAGGCGGGUGGAGCUGGUGGGGGCAGGUGGCGCGGGUGGGGGAGAGCAUGGCGCGUGGGUGGUGAGUGUGGCGCAUGGGCAGGGAGGUGGAGGCGGCGCAGACAUGCUGACACAGGCCACGGAGGACGGGCAGCAGCAGCAGCAGCAGCAGCAGCAGCAGCAGCAGCAGCAGCAGCAGCAGCAGCAGCAGCAGCAGCAGCAGCAGCAGCAGCAGCAGCAGAGGCGGCGUAGUGUGGAGUUCGUCUCCCAGGCUCAUGUGCGUGCUUAUGGGGAUGCUGGCGGCACCCAGCUGGCAGAGCCACCAGCGUGGGUGGCGGCGUGGAACGAGACAGCCGCCCGGUGCAGCGGGCGGCAGGCGAUGGUGGUGGUGGCGCACGCAGCGACACGUGGCAUGCUGACGAGGCACCUGCAGGGGCUGGGCAUGCGCGUGAGCGCAGUGGCCGGGGGGCACGAGGCUGACACGCUGCUGCUGUCGCAGAGGGUUGGGGGAGGUGGGGAGGAGCGGGGGGACAGCAUGAAAGGGGAUGGCGGAAGCGGGGAGACAGGUAUGGGGGAGGUGGAGGGGGAACGGAUGCGGGGAGGGCACGAGAACGGGGAGCGGAGGGACGAGUGCAUGGGAGAGGAGCAGCAAGGGUGCAGAUGCGAGAGGCUGUGUGGGGGAUUUGAUUUGAUUGUUGUGGACUCACGGCUGGAGUGGCUACCAGCUCAGCACUGCAGCAGCAGGCCGGCGGGGGAGUGUGGUGGCGGGCAGUGCUGCAGCAGGCGGGGCGGCGAGGGCGAGAGAGGGGGCAUGAAGGUGGUGGUGCUGACGCCCUACUCCGGCAACGUGCAGCUGCCCCACCUACCAGGAGUGCAGGUGGCGGCGCUGCCCCGCCCAGUGCGCCAGAUCGCCCUCAACCGCCUCCUCUCCGCGCUCUUCCCCCCGCCACUACCCCGAUUCCCAUCCCGCCCCCCUCUUCCUGCCAACCCUGCCUCCUCCGAGCCUGCCACCCAACCUGUUGCCGAGCCUAGCAGCAUGGUUGAAGAAGAGGCGCCAGAGGGGGAGUGCAGUGCGGGGAGAGAGGAACGGGGGGAGGGGGGAGGAGAGGAAGGGGAGGGGUUGGGAUUCGGAAGGGGAGAGGAGCAGGAGGGGAGUGGGCGGUGUUGUGAGGUAUCUGAUGGGAGUUGUCAUGGGGGUGGUAAGGUGGCACGAAGGGGGGAGAGAGGAGAGCACGCAGGGGGUAUGAGGAGAGGGAGAAGGGAUAUGGGGGAUGCAGUGGAAGAGGAUGCAGUGGAAGAGGAUGCACAUGGCGCAGCAAAGGGAGGGGCGGCUGGUGCAGUGAAGGGGGUGAUGCCAGGCGGAGCCAAGGCGGUGGCGGAUGGGGCGGUGAGAGGGGCAGGUGGAGCAGGGAAGUGCGGAGCGGAGCGAGCGGGGUUCAGAGUGGGCCUGGCGGAGGCACACCCCCUCCGCAUACUGCUUGCGUACGUGCCAUGGGUGAUGUGCUGCGGGGUGACGUGGGUGCCCUGGCAGCAAGAGGUUGAUGGCGGCACUUGCCAGUGCACUUCAUUAUUCCGCACCUCUGCUACUCCCUCUCCCUCCCUCCUCUCUCAUCUCUCCCUCUCCCUCUCUUCCUCUCCCUCUCUUCCUCUCUCCUCUAUCCUCUCCCUCUCUUCCUCUCUCCACUCUCCCUCUGCCUGUCGCCCCACAACCGGUGUGCGUGCAUGGCAUGCGAGCAGGGAGGACAACGUGGUGAAUCAGAAGGUGGCAACCAAGAUGCUGGCGCGCAUGGGGUACGACUGCACCGUCGCCAACAACGGCCACGAGGCCAUCCACCGCCUGCAGGCGCACCCCUUCGACCUUGUGCUCAUGGACGUGCAGAUGCCAGAGCUGGACGGCAUAGAGGCCACGCGGCGCAUCGUGGCGCACUGGCCGCUGUGGCGCCCUGCCUGCCCGCGCCCGCCCAUCUUCGCCCUCACGGCCAACGUGCUGGAGACGGACCGCGUGCGGUGCCUGGCGGCGGGCAUGGAGGGCUUUAUUGCCAAGCCCAUCCAUGUCAACGACCUCAUCCGCGCCGUUGAGUUCGGCAGUUCCCGCCGCCGCCAGCAGGAGCAGCAACAACAGCAGCAGGAGGGGAAGGAGCAGGGAGAGAGCUAA